AUGAGUUACGGGAAAAAGGACGAGGAUGCCGACCUGGGGCUGGUCAAGGUAGACCGGACACAAGUCUUCCAAGAAGGUAACAAUUCCGCUGCAAAUGCGCCUGCACCUCUUCACUUGGCCUCACUCCCACCUCCAAUCCCCCACCCACGAUUGUUCAACAGCUCUCCGAUCCAGCCUCGACGAUGCCGCAUCCUCCUGACCAAGAUCGCCCUUCUCCUCUACACGGGCGAGUCGUUCCCCAAAAAUGAAGCCACCACCCUCUUCUUCGGCAUCUCCAAGCUCUUCCAGAACAAGGACGCCAGCCUGCGGCAGAUGGUGCUCCUCAUCAUCAAGGAGCUGGCCAAUUCCGCCGAGGACAUAAUCAUGGUGACUAGCACCGUCAUGAAGGACACCGGCGGCAGCAGCGACGCAAUCUACAGGCCCAAUGCCAUCCGUGCUCUGUGCCGAAUCAUCGACGCCACCACGGUGCAAGCCAUUGAGCGUGUCAUGAAAACCGCCAUUGUGGACAAGAACCCGUCCGUCUCCUCUGCGGCGCUUGUUUCAUCCUACCACCUGCUGCCGAUUGCUAGAGAUGUCGUGCGACGAUGGCAGAGUGAGACUCAGGAGGCGGCCGCCUCCUCCAAGUCCUCUGGUGGCUUUUCUCUUGGCUUCUCUACUUCCGGCGGCUCCCUGCCCAUGAACAGCUCGACAAUGGCUCAGUACCAUGCCAUUGGCCUCUUGUAUCAGAUGCGCUCGCACGACCGCAUGGCCCUGGUCAAAAUGGUUCAGCAGUUCGGCGCUGCCGGGGCCGUCAAGAGCCCCGCUGCCACUGUGAUGCUGGUCCGACUGGCCGCGCAGCUUGCAGAGGAGGACCCCUCGCUUCGCCGCCCCAUGAUGCAGCUUCUCGACGGCUGGCUGCGACACAAGAGCGAAAUGGUCAACUUUGAAGCCGCCAAGGCCAUCUGCGACAUGCGCGACGUCACCGACGCCGAGGUCAACCAGGCCGUCCAUGUCCUGCAGCUGUUCCUGACCUCGCCCCGCGCCGUCACCAAGUUUGCCGCCCUGCGAAUCCUCCACAGCUUCGCCUCCUUCAACCCCAACGCAGUCAGCGUCUGCAACACUGACAUUGAGCUCCUCAUCUCAAACUCCAACCGGUCCAUUGCCACCUUUGCCAUUACCACCCUGCUCAAGACUGGUAACGAGGCCAGCGUCGACAGGCUGAUGAAGCAGAUUUCGGGCUUCAUGUCGGAGAUCACCGACGAGUUCAAGAUCACCAUUGUCGAAGCCAUCCGCACCUUGUGCUUGAAGUUCCCCAGCAAGCAGGCUGGCAUGCUGACAUUCCUCAGCGGCAUCCUGCGCGACGAGGGUGGCUACGAGUUCAAGCGCGCCGUUGUGGAGAGCAUGUUCGAUCUGAUCAAGUUCGUCCCCGACUCCAAGGAGGAUGCGCUUGCCCACCUGUGCGAGUUCAUUGAAGACUGCGAGUUCACCAAGCUUGCCGUCCGCAUCCUGCACCUCAUCGGUCUCGAAGGUCCCAAAACCGCUCAGCCCACCAAGUACAUUCGUUACAUCUACAACCGCGUCGUCCUCGAGAAUGCCAUUGUCCGCGCCGCUGCUGUCACGGCUCUUGCCAAGUUCGGCGUUGGCCAGAAGGAUCCCGACGUCAAGAGCAGCGUCAAGGUUCUGCUCACGCGUUGUCUAGACGAUGUCGAUGACGAGGUUCGAGAUCGAGCCGCCUUGAACCUGAAGCUGAUGGCCGAAGAGGAUGACGAGAUGGCCCGAAACUUUGUCAAGAACGCUGCUGACACGUUCAAUUCCACAGACAACAUGUUCUCGCUUCCCUUCUUCGAGCACCAGCUGGUUCUCUAUGUCACGUCAGAUGAUAAAUCUGCGUUCGACGUGCCGUUUGACAUCUCCAAGAUCCCCGUUGUGACCCGAGAGCAGGCAGAUGCCGAGGACAGGACCAAGAAGCUUACCGCUUCAACUCCCACAUUGAAGGCGCCAAAGGCUGGCCCAGCCAAGACGCCGACAAGCGGUGCGGAGGCUGCGGCCUCUGCCAGCGCACAGGCACAGCGAUACGCGCAGGAGCUGAUGCAGAUCCCCGAAAUGAAGGAGUUUGGCAGCGUGGUCAAGUCAUCGCCCGUCGUUGAGCUUACCGAGGCCGAGACUGAAUACGUCGUCAGCGUAGUCAAGCACAUUUUCAACGAGCACAUUGUGCUGCAGUACGAGGUCAAGAAUACCCUUCCCGACACAGUCCUGGAAAAUGUGUCAGUUGUAGCAUCUCCUGCAGACGAGGAGGACCUGGAGGAGGUAUUCAUCCUCCAGGCCGAGAAGCUGGCCACAAACGAGCCGGGCAAGGUUUACGUCGCUUUCAAGAAGGUCAAUGGCCAGACGUCACUGCCCGUUUCCACAUUCUCCAACGUGCUCAAGUUUACAAGCAAGGAGAUUGAUCCCUCAACGGGCGAGCCCGAAGAGACGGGUUACGACGACGAGUACGAGGUGUCAGAGUUUGACCUCAGCGGCAGCGACUAUGUCAUCCCCACAUAUGCUGGCAACUUCAACCAUAUUUGGGAGCAGGUUGGUGCUUCAGGAGAAGAGGCGGAAGAGACGCUGCAGCUAAGCAGUAUGAAGAGCAUAGCCGAGGCAACCGAGCAGUUGGCCAAGAUUCUGUCCCUGCAGCCCCUCGAAGGAACCGAUGUCCCCGUCAACCAGAGCACGCACACGCUCAAGCUACUGGGCAAGACGGUCAACGGCGGCAGAGUGGUGGCCAACAUUCGCAUGGCAUACUCGUCAAAAUCCGGUGUUACGACAAAGAUUACAGUCCGAGGCGAGGAGGAAGGCGUGGCGGCUCUUGUCAUUGCAUCUGUGGCAUAA